UCUCCCCGCUUCUACAAAGAAAAUGCCACGAACAUCCAAUAUCUCUAUUACCGUGGGAGUCUUCCUGCUGAUCAACCUGAUGAUAAGUGUAGACGGCCUUGUAAAAGAACACAAUCUGGAGUCGAACUUCGCAACAGGCUCAUUGGCAUCCUUUCCAAUCCUCAUGCCCAAGGUUUCCCCGCAAACCCCCGAUCUGUACUUGUGCACGCCCAUCAAAGUCGACCCCACUACCACCUACUAUAUAGUUGGCUUCAAUCCCAAUGCUACCAUGAACACGGCCCACCAUAUGCUGCUCUACGGAUGCGGAGAGCCCGGAAACACGAAGACCACUUGGAACUGUGGUGAUAUGAACAUAGCUUCCCAGGAGCAGUCGGCCAUUCCUUGCGGAUUCCGCUCUCAUUCUCAGAUCAUAUAUGCUUGGGCUAGAGACGCGCCAAAGCUGAAUUUGCCCGAAGGAGUGGGUUUCAAGGUGGGCAAGAACUCGCCCACCAAGUACUUGGUACUGCAAGUUCAUUAUGCCCACAUUGAUAAAUUCAAAGAUGGUUCGACCGAUGAUUCAGGUGUGUUCUUGGAUUACACAGAAGAGCCUAAAAAGUUGGCUGGCACUUUAUUGCUGGGCUCAGACGGAAAGAUUCCGGCCAUGAAAACGGAGCACCUGGAAAACGCUUGCGAGGUGAAUGAGAACAAGGUGCUGCAUCCUUUCGCCUACCGCGUGCACACCCAUGGACUGGGAAAGGUGGUGUCUGGCUACAGGGUCAGGACCAAUAGCAAUGGGAAACAGGAGUGGCUGCAACUUGGCAAGAGGGAUCCCCUCACGCCCCAGAUGUUCUAUAACAUCAGCAACAGGGAUCCCAUUGUUCAGGGAGAUAAGAUUGCCGUGAGGUGUACUCUGAAAAGUACCCGCCAUAGAAUAACCAAAGUCGGCCCCACGAACGAAGAUGAAAUGUGCAAUUUCUACCUCAUGUACUACGUGGAUCAGGACGAAACUCUGAACAUGAAUUUCUGCUUCAGCAAGGGCGCUCCCAACUAUUACUGGUCCAAUCCCGACACUGGCCUACACAACAUUCCACAUAUCGAGGCGAGCACUUUGUAACUUUGUACUUUAUUAUCUCGAUUAUCUUAUCGUGUACAACUAUUGAUGAUGGUUUAGCGUCAUUCUGUAUCCUAUUCUGUUGGCCACCAAUAAUUUAUGUAAAAUAUUUGUGCGUGUAAAUAAACAUAUGUAGAUAAUUCGCGAGAACCGA